AUGUCAUCUGGAUGCGCUUAUCCAGUGCCAGUGAGGGGCAUCAGCCAAUCAAUUCUGCACCGAAGCUUCCUGGGUGAUGCUUUGCCUGUCAGGAAUCAUAUCGUGGCUGCAGGACAUACUUGCGUACUGUGUGAUACAAGAGAGUUCAGCUCUGCCUCUGAUGUAUCGUCCCUGAUGAUGCAAGAGCCGCGGUUCGAGGCUGCACUGGCCAUUCAUCUUUUCAAAGGAGUCAGGCUUCUUUUAGAUGCUGGAGUGCCGUUUGGGGUGGUGUUUGGAGGGACGGAUGUCAACGAGGACGUAAAAGAUGAGCACAAGCGAGCUGUGAUGGAGGAAGUUCUGCGGAAGGCCAGGUUUGCUGUGGCGUUCACUGAUAAAUUGAAAGAACGCGCAAAGGUGCUCUUGGUAUGUGAGUGCAAGAAGAUCUAUGUACAGCCUCAAGGGAUUGAGACCAGAGUGGCAUCACAUUUCAGCUGGAGUGACUUUUUACACAGCACAGGUGUGUGUACCAAGAAAGUGGGAAAUCUACGUGUGUUUCUGCUGGUAUGUGGACUCAGACGAGUUAAGGAUCCUUUGUAUCUUCUAGAACCUUUUGCAGAAUGGCACAGUCAGAACCCCCUAGUGGUCCUCAUCAUCAUUGGUCCAAAGAUAGAUCCAGUGUUUACCGCUGAGGUUGAGGAGAGUGUCAAGAGAACUGUUGGAGUGUAUCUGGCGGCUGAUUUGAGUCAAGAGGAGCUGCAUGCUGCCAUGCAGAAAUCAUUUGCCCUGGUCAACUCGUCUCUCUCAGAGGGAAUGUCUGCUGCUAUCUUAGAGGCGAUGGAUUUAGGUUUGCCUGUUUUAGCGAGGGAUGUUCCUGGAAAUGCUGCAAUAGUCGAGCAUGAGGUCACAGGACUGCUGUACUCAAGCCCUCAGGAAUUUGUAAGCUUGUCCAGAAAGCUGCUGGAUGACCGUGGGCUCCAGGAAAGACUGGUGAGAAAUGGAAAGAAUUACAUUACAGCCUGCCACACCCCGAUGAAGGAGAGAAUAACCUAUCAGAAACUGGUGGAGACUCUUUACUGA